AUGUGCGAGUCCUUCUCCCUCUUUCACCCCGAGCCUCCCUCCUCCUACAUAUCUACAGCAGACUCCAUAUCUGCCUUACUCGACACUCUCAACCCGACCUUGGUGGUAGUAGAUCACAUGUUUGACGCGGCGAGGGAUGCGGUUCUGAAGGGAAGAUGGAGGAGCGUGAGGCUGAGCCCGAAUACGGUCAAGGAUGUGGCGAUAGACUGUCAGGGCUGGGGCAUAUUCAAAUGGCCUUGCUUCGCAUCAGGAUACCCUUUCCCGCUCCCCUGGUAUCUCUUCCUCCCAAACACCAUCGGCCUCAUCCUCCCCAUCAUCUACCUCAACUUUUCCCGUACCUUCGCCUCAUUCAACAUUGCGCGCAACAAGGCUGGCUACCCCGGCAUCAUCCCGCUCUACUCUUCCGGCGGACCGUUCCCCACAAAAGUCCUGUGCAUGUCCACGCCAGAAGCCGACUUGCCCGCCAUCAUCCCAAAGAACAUCAUCUGCUGCGGUCCCAUCCUCCAAGCCGUCCCUCCCUUGCCUGACCAAGACCGCGAGCUGGACCUCUGGCUCGCCCAAAGACCAACCAUCUUGAUCUCCCUCGGCUCCCACCUCAAACUCUCCCAUUCCUACGCCACGAACCUCCUCCGCGCCAUCUCUCAUCUCCUCUCCGCUCGUUCGGACGUGCAGGUACUCUGGAAACUGGUCCCAGACGGCUCUUACGAUUAUGAAGCGUUCUCACAAGAAGAGGGCGAGCUGGGGAGGGAGAAGGACAAGUGGGGCGAGAGGCUGAAAGUCGUGAGAUGGCUUAAAGCAGAACCGUUGGCGAUAAUGAAUACGGGAAGGGUGAUCUGCUUUGUCAACCACGGAGGCAGCAACUCUUACCACGAAGCUCUUGCAGUAGGAUAUCUUCGGAACGGCGUAUGGGGCAACAAAAAUUCUGCCCCCUCAUGCUCUACUCCAGAGCUCAUCCGCGCGUUCGACAACAUAAUCGGUCUCUCCCCUUCAACCUCCUCCUCUUCCCCACCCCUCUUGUACCGACAACGCGCGCUCGAGCUUCAGGCGAUCGUCACUCGCAACGGCACGAGGCGAGGUCGAGAUGUGGCUGCCGAGGUCGUAUGGGAGGAGAUGGGGGAGGGGAUGAUGUGGGGAAACAAGUAUGAGGAGGACGAAGGGGGUAUGGAUGAGGAGGGUGAUAGCGUGAUGGUCGAUGGAGAGGAUGGGAAGAUCAUGGUGUGA